AUGGAAGAUGAUUAUUACUUUUUUUUAUUUCAAGAAAAAGAAUCAGAACAAGUGAAAGAAGCAAAACAAGAUCUUCACAAUGCUUUAAAAAAGAACAGAGAGAAAAUAAAAAAUGUAAGUAAUAAUAAGCCAAUGGAAAAAGCUUCCAAUAUUAUAUGGCUUGGACAAGAUGAUGAUAAUUUAAAGAAUGAAUAUAAAAAACAUAAUAGAGAUAGAAAGAAAAGUGCAGAAGAUAUUAAUAUUUUAUCCUCUGAUAAAAAAAGGAAUAUAAUAAAU